AUGGAAUCCUGUUGAUUAGAAUUAUAUCGAGGCACACACAGAUUUUGUUCAAUACUUGUAACCACUCUUCGUUCCUGCAAUAAAGUCUGUUAUUUUUUUAUCAUACGACGUGUGCAUUCUUUAUCUGGCGCUACGAACAGGAUCGUUAUACGCCUUCGUGGAAAACAUCUGGAAGUUUGUACGAGCCCAUCAUCAGGUGAGCUGAACUACGUCCCUUCUGUAGAGCUACAAGAACUAGAGCAGUCUCCGUUAUGAAAAAUUUGAUUUUUCACAUAACGCUAGAGUAAGCCAAAUCCAUUUUAUCUAUUUAGUCAAAGAAACUUUUGGUAAAUCUCCAGUACGAGAACGAUCACCCAUUAGAAGACAACCAGUAAAAAACCAAGCUAACGUUUGAGAGGAAUUCAGAACAACUAUGGCUGACAAUCCACAAAUGUUAUUUAACCUAUUGAAAGAUAGUGUGCCUA